GUGUUGGUGUUGGUGACGGCAGUGUUUAGCGGCAGUGACGGUGGUGGUCAAUCGGCUGAAAAAAGGAGAUUAGUGAGACAAAAUCGCCACGGGAAAGAAACACCGCGAGCACCCAAGAAAUUAGCGGUGCUAGGCCCCUUCUUGAAUCGGCACUGACGUCGCUUGCGUACCUGCAGCGGUUGGAUUGAGCCGGUGUUCCUCCAGAGUUGAAGGCGUAAGGCGUCGACGGCUGUAACCUUUUGCUUCCGGCUUACUCUGGACGGUUGAACGGGUUUCGGCGCACAGCAACAGAGAGAAAGAAACACGAACGCGAUGGCUUCAUCGACAGGAGUUGUGGUGCCACGAAACUUUCGUUUACUCGAAGAGCUCGAAGCGGGCCAGAAAGGCGUAGGCGACGGUACAAUCUCCUGGGGUCUCGAGAACGAUGACGAUAUGACUCUCACUCACUGGACCGGCAUGAUCAUCGGUCCGCCUCGGACCCCAUUCGAGAAUCGAAUGUACUCACUGAAGGUCGAAUGCGGCGAGCGCUAUCCAGAUGAGCCACCAACGUUGAAAUUUCUAUCCAAAAUUAACAUCAACUGCAUCAACAGUCAAAACGGUGUGGUCGAUCACAGAAUGGUUCCGGUGCUGAGCAGAUGGAACCGUGAUUACACUAUUAAGACAAUUUUACAAGAAAUUCGUAGGAUUAUGACGCUAAAGGAAAACCUAAAGUUAACACAGCCACCGGAGGGUAGUUGCUUCUAGUGCUCUUAAACCAACUGUAACGAAAAGCGGCGCGAGGAAAAGAGAUGGAUUGCAGAAAGUACACUGAUGCGGGGAAAGCUUUUGAAAGCGUUGCGCGCAGUGGAUGGGGUGCGGAGGUGGUGAGGAACUGAUAAUCCAACACAACCAUGAACCACUAUAGCAAAGCAAAAAGAACAUAAUAAAAACAAAAAGUAAAAUAAAACUGAUAAAAGCAAGCCAAGCUAAAGUGAAAGGACAACGGAUGGAAACGCUAUGGAAGGACUAGUACGCAAAACGUUAGGACAGAGUAAUGAAGAAAUCGACCAUGAAGCUUGUGGUUCCUGCAGGCGCAGGGAGACCAUUGAAAUGGAAGAUUUUUAUGGGCUGGAUAAAAGCUGCUUUGCUGUGGUUACUCGAUCAUUUGCCAGUGGACGUUAGCUACGUCCGCACGGGCAAGUAACGAUCAAUUUCACGAUCGUCCUUUACGUGUACCGUUUGGUGAUCCACCUGUUUUUGUCGGUUAGAUCUGCUGCUGAUACUCACAUUGCUAUGAUCGAUCCAUUAGGGCACGCCGGCCAGUUUUAAGCAGAAUCACGAUGUCAAUAUCAGGAAACCUGACGAACGUGGUGUGGUGAUGAGUUUGUCUUUCGUCCACUCGGAAAGAGUAUGGCAUGGUAAAAUACAAUAAAAACUUAACCCAAAGUCUCUGCUGCUAACCACACUUACCUACCAAAACCAUGGGCGCACCUAUUAUGAUUAUGAUUGUGAUUUAAAAGGCCACACAAUGAGAAGAAAAAAUGAGGAAAGAAAAAUCCCAAUAUGCUUUGUUUUCGAGCGCUAUAAUAUCCGUUCCAAUUACCGUGUUAAUUCCGUGUUCCGCAAAUAACAAAGAGAAAGCGAAGGAACUGUAUACACACUGUUUAUGGGUUUGAUGUUAUAAAGUGAAGAGAAAAAACAAAACAACAUUCUUUUGUUCUUUAAAAUUAUGAUGCUGCUGUGUUCCAGUUUGAGUCGGCUUGUUUCGACGGUUUUACCAGUCCUACAACGCGUUCCAACAAGCGCUCCACUUCACCAUCAGAAUAGCUUUCCAGAGUUUUGAACGGGAUUGAACGCUUCUAACCAGGAAGGAAAAUCUCCUAUCUAAACAAUGAUAUUGGAGACGACCCAAUGCCGUCAGAUUUUGGGCUGUGCAAAAAAAGUACUAGCAUUAGACGACGCCGUUUGACUGACACAGGCAAAGUCAUCAAAGUUACUGUACUAUGUGCGCGGACUUCAAAGGUCGCCGUAGAUUACGAAAGUUUAUUACAACGGUGCACUAAGUACUUUUCCCUACAUAAUACGACCGUUUCUAAUACUGUAGUAAACCUUUACCGUCGUACUUUCGUAUCAAACUUUCUUGCUUGGCUUUUUCAUGUCCCGGUUGUAGCGUACAUGAUGCAUUAUGAAUUAUGGAAAGUUAUUUGAUUAUCAGUAGGCAGGAAUUAGAGACGAGGUAAAAGACACGUGAAUUGAAUCACCAGGAAGUAAAUAUUAAACUUCAAACAAAUUGAAAAGAUUAUCACUCCAAUCCUUCGCUAAAUAAAGAGAAAGGAAAAGACGGUCAAAACCGCGCAUACAAAGAAUUAAGAAUGAAAACGUGGCUUAAAGUAAAAACAGGACAACCGUUUUCGAAGGCUUGGUCUCUUCGUCAUCAGUUCGGAUCGGAUCUUUGAUAACCAGUCCAGUAAGCCUCAAUACGAUUUAACGUCAGAGAGGAUUAUUUUCGUUUCUAACAGUAUACAGUGUUGGUUUUGCCAGUACACGGACCCUACCACUAAACAAUCGCGAACCAACCAAAAACAAGGAUUAACAGAUACUACAGAUGCUCUUGCUGAAAAGUGCACUCCCUGAGGAAUCAUGAGGAAACAGGAACUGAUAAAAAUAGAAAAAAAUGAAUCCUUUGUUUGCGAGCGGAAAGUAUUGUGCAAGAUUCCGUCUGACACUUAAAAUGCCAGGCAGCAGGCUUUCUUUGGCGUUGGAAUGGGCAGCAGUAGAAGGGAAAACAAGAGGGGCAUUUUGCUUGCAACGAUCCACGUUUCGCUGCUGCACGCGCAAUAGACGGCCAUGAAAUAUCUGA